AUGGCGUCAAAGGGGGUCCCUCGGCAGCAGUCGGCGGAUGGUUUGGCAAUGGAUGAUCAGGAGCCUAGGGCCCGGGCCGAUGAGAUUCCUGAGCUGCGGCGGGGAUGCAUGAUCCCUCGGGGUCGGUAUCUAGCCAGUGACCUCCCGCCUCUGCAUACGCUGACACAAAUUUUCGCUGACAUGGCAUCGAACGCCCUGAAAAUGGGAUUCGAGCAUGUCCUCAUUCGGCUCGGCAGUCGACCACUUCGAGUGGCGACAAUGUGCUCAGGAACGGAAGCCCCGCUUCUGGCCCUGGAAUUGAUCCAGACGGGUUUGGCAGAGGCCCAGCAACUUCGGAUCUCGCACGCUUUCAGCUGUGAGAUUGUUCCGUUCAAGCAGUCAUACAUUGAACGGAACUUCCGCCCCCUAUCCUCUUUCGGGACAUCACCGAACUUGGAGGGGACGAGGCGUAAGCGGACCGCCUACGGGUCAUCGGAAGUGAUUCCCGGUGACCUCGACAUCUUAGUUGCUGGAACUGCCUGUGUCGAUUUCUCUCCGUUGAACAACCGCAAGAAGACGCUGGCGCAAGGCGGCGAGUCGGGAGCUACGUUCGACGGUCUCUUGCGGUACGCGGAGAGAUAUCGGCCUCGCAUGGUCGUCCAGGAGAAUGUCCGGAAUGCGCCCUGGGAUCAGAUGAAGGGAAAGUGGGAGGAGCUCGGGUACAUGUCGGUUUGUGUCAAUGUCGACACGAAGCAUUACUACAUCCCGCAGACACGCGAGCGCGGGUACAUGGUGGUUAUUGACAAGCGCCGCUUGGAAGCAGCGGGCCUGCUUGGAGACCCCAUGGACCAGAGUGGCAUUGACACUGUCACUCAACGCGUUCGUGAGCUCGCUGGUCGUUUCAAGCGGCCAGCGAGUGCGCCGGUGGGGUUGUUCUUGCUGAGUGACGACGACCGCCGCCUCGAGGUCAUCGAGUCGAGAGCCCGCCUUGAGUCCCGAAGCGAAACCAGCUGGGACCAGUACCAGAUUCGUCACCAACGGCACCGUGACGAACUGGAACUAGGCAUCGAGAGGCCAAUCACUCGAUCCCUGCCCGGAAUCAAUGACCUGAAGGCACCGGACUUCUAUUGGCAUCGUUUCUGGAAGACACAGCCGGAGAGAGUGUGGGAGACCGUGGAUAUGAAUUUCUUGAAGAAGAUGCUUCAAGAUUAUGACAUGAACUUCAAGGAGCGUUGGAUCGACUUGUCUCAGGGAGUCGAUCGAGGGAAUGACAGCCUUGCCGGGUCUGGGAUCGCGGGGUGCCUGACGCCGAAGGGCAUCCCAUUUGUGACCACCCGCGGGGGCCCCGUUUCUGGCACGGAAGCCCUUUCGUUACAAGGUCUGCCUCUCGACCGAAUGCUACUCACGAGAGAAACCCAAGCCGAUUUGAUGGACAUGGCAGGAAAUGCAAUGACGAGUACGGUCGUGUGUGCAAUCAUGCUGGCUGGUCUGAUAGCCGUGCAUGAGAUUCUUGACGAUGAUGAGGAGGGUUCAACCAACCCCGGCGACGCGGAGGCCAAGUCCCUUCUCGUACCCAGCGAGGUCCACAGCCUCGUGAGAAGCAACCUCCAAAGCGCCGAAGCCCCCUCGUCGACCAUGCUGUUCUCAAAGCCAAGGCAGCGAGCAGCGUUCUGUGUUGCUCCUGCGAGAGACAGACUGGGGUUCAAGAUUCAAUUUAUAGUUGCACACUGUGUGGACAUACCGCUUGCAGGACCUGUCGUGGAAAUCCCACGCAUUCCUAAUAUGAAGGGACUUGUUCCCAUGAAGCUCAUGCUGUCUGGUUUGUCAGACUUGGACUUCGAGACGUUUAAAUCCCUUUACCCUAUCGAAAACCUCCUCCAGUUUUGGCCCGACUUUAUUCUGUGCGUUAAGGCAGCUGUGCAUGACGUCUUUCGGUUUUUUGAGAUCAAGCGAGGAAGAAAAUGGAGAGUCGUUUAUGACGGCACGCACUCCAGCUUGUUCCUUGAUAUCGGUCCGGACUCCAUCCAGUGGCUCCUGUACGCAAAGCCCCCCAAGUCCGCGAGCACGAGAAGCGUCAUCCGAGAAGUACUAGCCAAGCCAAUUGCCAGAAUGAGUCCCACCUCUGGGUCGUUUGUCGAGGGUACAUGGGAAGUUUGUUCACCUGUUAGCACCCCAUUCUCACUUAAGGUUUCUGGCCGAGGAUACCAAGUUCGAUCAUUCCAAUCAGAGUGUGGUCUCAAAGCCGCCAAAUUUGUUGAUGGAAAAGUCUGGGACAGUAUUUUCGUUGAAGGAUUAGAUCAAGAUGUCGCAGUUCUUGAUUUCGACGUCCGAGGAAUCUACCAAUUCCUCCCUGACUGUGGAACAGCGCUUGGUGCAUUGUACAAAAAGGAAGCCACCGCCCAUGCGCCUCAAAUGUUCUUAUUCCUUGACCCAGCGAAGACUGGACCCCCUGAUGAAGAUGCCUGUGUGUUCGCCCUUGACCACAGCCGGCUUCCUGGAUAUGAUGUGAGAAUGACGAUCGCCGAGUUAUCUUCAGCUUGGAGAUCAUUGAAUGCCACCCUGGAUUCGCAAGAUGUGAAAGCUUUCUGUCGUCGAUGGGCCAAGGUCCCCGAAGCGCAGUUGAACCAUUGUCCUGCCGAACAGAUUACCCUCCGCACAUUGCAACAAAGAAUCCAAGUCUCGAUUGAAAACCAGCACUGUCAUGAUUCUUGUAUCACCCUCACCUCGCUGUCAGCAACAACAGCGAUUCUCAACCUGCCCGACGCAAAUUCCGACUGGCAAGCCUGGAAUCCUGAGGUCUCUAUGAGAGAAUUGAAAGGUCUCGCCUGGUUGUUCCCAAAGAUUGCCGCGUGGUCCGACUUUGAAGACUGGAAUGAAAUCAUCCAUCCAGGCAGUUCAGACCCUAACCAUCAUGCAAAUGGCAAUUGCAACACCUGCAACCCACCCACCCCCAGUAUCCUUUGGGGCCGCGACAACAAAGACCGAAUCAUCGCAUACGAGAAUCCCCAGGACGCUGCCGUCUACGAGCGUGCUAUCAAAAACCGACCCUCGCCAUUUUUGGUCUUCAGUCGAAUCAACGAACACGGAGACGCCGAAUUGCGUUUCACCCUCAAUGUUCAAGCUCUGACGCACCAGGCAUAUGGAAAACUGGUUGGCACCGCAAGCCGCGAGACAGUAACAUCUCGCUGGCGACUUCUCCCUCAUGCGUACGACAUGGGCCAGGAAAACCAUGAACUAUUUACUUUGAGGAGCAACGACAACGAUAGUCCCUCGCCACAACCUCCCAACUUCAAAUUCGAGCUUCGUGAUGAACAGCUUCGAUCAUUGAGCUGGAUGAUUUCACAAGAAGCAAAAGACAUGAAACCAUUCAUGGAAGAGGAAGUUGAAGAAUCCAUCCUCCCCUUGAUGCCCUGGCGCGCCGAAGUCAAAGCGACAAUGCCAAAAGUUGUUCGCGGUGGCGUGCUAGCGGACGAGGUUGGAUAUGGCAAGACGGCUGUUAUUCUUGGUCUCAUCGAUGCGCAGUAUGAAAGCGACUGCAAACCCCCUGAAGACUACGGGCUUAUUCCAACAAAAGCAACCCUGAUCAUUGUGCCCAGCAACGUCUACAAGCAGUGGGUCGAUGAAACCAAUAAGUUCCUAGGAGGAAAAUACAAAGUUUUGGCGAUAUCGUCAAUCAGCAAGUUCACCAUCCGGGAAGUCGAAGAUGCAGAUAUAGUGAUCAUGUCAUGGAGUAUCCUGGCGAACGAUGCAUACUACAGCAGACUUCAACAAUUCACCGGAACACCCCAGGCUCCCGCAAAAUCGAGCGGAGGAACAGGUCGAAAUUUCGAUAGCUGGUUCCACGACGCUCGUGCUUCCUUGCGGGAGUCUGUUGAAAUAUUGAAAACGAAAGGGCCGGAGGCGAUGCUCCAGGAAUUGGAGGCCAGACGUCGCCGAGUUCAAGAGACACAGGCCGACUUCACUUACGUGCCCUCUCGACGCCUCCGUGGCCAGGCAUUCGCUGAUGCUAAUAAUGGUCGUGACGAGUCCAAUGCAGGAUCAGAAGAGGAUCUGGAUUCUGAGUCUGACCCGGGUUUCGAGGACUUUGAUGCAUCUGAUGCGAGACACUCGACCGGAACAGCGAGUUCUGUGGGCCAGCGGAAGCGGAGGCACAGUAGGAAGUCAAUGGAAGGUUCAAGAGGAAAGCGACAAAAACGCCCAUCGACGGACCUGGCAGAAGUGACCGAUGACAAAAAGAAACGUGAAGUCAGAUCAGAAGCCGUGAAAGAUGACUACAGGGACUUUGAUAUCAAAAGGACCGCCAAGAAACAAGAAUGGCGCACCGUCAAAGCCGCAUUCCUUCACGCUUUCAACUUCAACCGUUUGGUUAUCGACGAAUACACAUAUGCCGGGGAAGAAAGACAGGCUUCCCUGCUCUCAUUGCAGGCACGCUCCAAAUGGAUCCUUUCUGGAACGCCAGCUCUUGGUGAAUUUGCUGACAUCAAGAGUAUUGCGCGUUACCUUGGUCUCCACCUUGGUGUGGACGACGACGGCGAUUGCGACAAGCCGACGCAGAACAGCAGACUAAAAAAUAUCCGGAAGAACCACACAGCUGUCGAGGCAUUCCAGUAUUACCAGCCCCCCCGCAGCAACGCCUGGUACCAAAACCGCCGAGAGCAUGCUCAAAGAUUCCUGGACCGGUUUGCGCGUCAGAACAUCGCACGCAUCAAACACAUUCCGUUGAUAACGAACAUUGUCAUCACCGAACAGUCGCCCGCCGAAAAGGCAGCGUACGAUACGUUGUUCCGAGCCGUCAAAGAAAACAAGAGACGAAUCCCUGGUCCCCUGAGCACCAUGUUAUCCAAGAGCCAGUUCCCCCAAGAGGCUCUCAUCAUGUCCUGCGUCACAAGUCAAAUCGGACAGCCUCCCUGGAACCUCGAGAAGUGCCUCAAAGGCUCGCGGAACGACAAAAAGAAAUCCGCCGAGAUCUGGACUAAAGUGGACUCGAUCACUCGACAGGGAGCGACUGUUUGGUAUCGCGAAAUGAGCAAUACCGAUCCCAAAGACUGGCAGAACGCCCUGAAUGGCGUCGCCAAGGUUGAGUUCGGGGACGCAGAACUCACUAAAAGAUUCAACGAGCUCUUAAAGGGCAUCAUCCGCUCAUACAACGAGUGGAAACUCGCCGAAGAACACCGGCAAAUCGAAGAUUUGCUCCAGCAGCGAUUCCAGAAGGUCCAGAAAGCGAAGACCGGCAACACAGCCACUGUAAGACGUCCUCCCAGAACCACAGAACACGGAGGAACCAAUGAUACGUCUUCCAAUUCGAUUUGGACUGCUGUCGAAAAAUCCUUGUCCGCUGAUGUCACCUCUCUCUUGAAGCAAGUCCUGGAGAUUGACCGGGAAUACCGAUUCUACGAACACCUGGUGAGGAUCCAAACCACUGGGAUUCCACAGUGUCAAAAAUGUAAGAGCGAUUUGCAAGAAAAGGAAGAUGUCAACAUUCUCAAAAACUGCGGUCACGCCCUCUGCAAAGAUUGCAUUGCAGACGCGAUCAACCAGCCACACAAGCCUUGCCCCAUCCUUGGAUGCAGUGGCCAUAUUGUCCAAUCCAAGAUCGUGCCCGGUGAAAUCCUCGUCAGCGAAGACCAAGCAAUCCAGAACACCAAGCUCAACAAGCUUGUUGACAUCGUCCACAGUAUCCCAGAGGACGAGCUUGUCCUCAUUUUCGUGCAAAUCAGCCACCUGAUGCCCGUGGCAUCGAAGGCCCUCAAAGCAGCGAACAUCGACCACCGCAUGGUCACACAGACCAACUUGAGGGGAAUCGACGAGUUCAAAGAGCCCCCCAAACCAAAGAAGGGCUCCACCCAACCACCUUCCAGACCGAAGGCUUUGAUCUUGAACCUCGGAGGCUCCGGAGCAGCUGGAUUGAACCUCCAAUGCGCAAACCACGUCAUCUUCUUGUCACCAUACUUUGCCCGCUCUGACUAUGAAUAUGAUGCCGGCAUGACUCAGGCAAUCGGACGUGCGCGACGAUCCGGGCAGAAGCGCGACGUCCAUGUCUAUCAUUUGCUGGUCAAGAACACAUACGAAGUCAACAUCUUCCAGAGGGCUCAAUCAAGCAAACUCGUUGAGCGUCAAGGUGUUCCAACUUUGGUUCCAGAAGGAUCAGUGUUGCCAGACGACGUCGCAUACGAAGGAGAGGAGCUGCCAGAGUAG